AUGACUACAAUACCGCCAAGAGGAACUUUUAGCGAUCCAUAUACAGCUGGUGAUUAUGUUCCAAAACCAAAUGAGACACAAAGAAAUUUGAGAUAUGGGCAAUUGGGUGUUGGAGCAAAUGUUCCUGAACCAUAUGAAGACUUUCAUGAAGUACCUGGAGAGAAUGAAUACGUAAUUCAUGGUGAAGGAAUACCACCCGAAGUUGAAAAUGAACGUCUUGCUAAAUUAAAGAAGGUGUCGAUCGAUUAUGCUCGAGAAGAAAGUGAAAAGGGAAUUGAUCCACGCGAAUCCCAGGCUGCUACUGUUGCAUCAGCAAGAGAUAAAUAUGCAACAGCAAUUGGUCAAGAACGGUUUGAGAAUCCAACAACUCUUAUAUCAAAUAAGAAACUUCCACCUGUUAAUAAAGAUGUGGAUCAAAAACAAUUAGUUGAAGAAUUGAAAGAUGAAACCAGAUCUAGAGAAACAGUAGAAAAUGAGAAGAUGACAAAAAUUCUUGGGGGUGGUCCUGCCGCAAAUGUUCAAUCAGCUAUGAAUAAACUUGAAAGUGUAGUGAACAAAGAAGAAUAA